AUGUCUAUGCCAACCACUCGCCGCGUCGUGACAGACCAUGAUUCCAACGGGAAGGCCAUCUUCACCAGCGACCAGACGCUGGUCCCGGCCAAUCCUCUUGACCCUGCAGGAAAUCCUUCUACGGGCAUCAUCCCCGGCUUUACAAACUUAUACAAGACAGAUGGCAUUCCAGCCAAGGCCCAAACCCCCUUCGUCGACGUACACGGCAAGAAGAUUGGCCUCGUCGACCCAUCGGGUGUGUUUUGUAGGAUUGUUGACUUCCCUGCGGUGGGCGAUUUCGAGGACGAUGUCAACUUUAUGCACCGCACGCAAAGCGUGGACUUCGGAGUGGUCCUCAAGGGCACCAUCAAGUUGAUCCUCGACGACGGAUUGGAGACGACCAUGAACGAAGGUGAUGUCGUGGUGCAAAGAGCUACCAUACAUGCUUGGAAAAACGUGAGCACGGAGAAUUGUCGUAUGUUGUUUGUUCUGGUGCCGUCAGAGCCAGUUGUCAAUGAGAGCACGGGUGAAAUCCUUCAACCGACUCCCACACCGCAUCUAGAAGAAUAG